GUUCAGUACCACUAAUGUGUUUGUAUCUAACAUACUUUAUAUGAUUUUGUAGUGGUGUUGCUGAGGUAGGGAACUGGUGUAUUUCUGGUUGGAUAUGGAGGAUACCACUAGACGACUCUUAAGUUUUUCUCUGGCCCUUCUCAGUCUCUGUGUCCAUGGUCAAAUUGGAAGUGCUGAUGGCUUUAUCAGCGGUCAAGGUUAUCCUGGAUACUAUGAGGCUGGUCCCCUUUUGCAGGAUGAUGUGGAACACCAAAAUUCCAGCUGGUAUGGCCAAGGAGAUGUAUCUGAUCCCAUCAAGCCUCUAGGAGCCAAGAAUAUCACUUACAGUACUGCAGUUAAGGAUGUAUAUAGCAGUGUAAGUUAUAAUCCUCAAACUGGCUCUUCUGGUUCUGGUCCAGUUAUAAGUGUUUAUACUGUUGGUUCUGAUGCCAAUGCUAGAAGUCAACUUAAAGGCUCUCUGAAAUCUUCAGCUGGUAGUGGCAGUCUUGUUUAUGGUUCUGUGGCGACUGCACUGGGUACAAGUGUGAGCAGUGAGUCUGUACCCCAGCCAGCACAGCUCAGUUCUCAAACUCUAGUGCAAAAUGGUAAUGAGUCUGUAGUGUCUCGUACCCAGCAACUAAUGCAGACCAGCUCUCAGUCCAGUGGCCAACAGCCCUUUGUCAAGCCCCAGAAAGGUAGACUUGUACAAGUUGGUUCCAAGCUCUUUUCUGGUACCAGGCCAGUCCAGACUUCAAGUUCCAGUUUGGUCUUAAAGCCUUUGCAGCGACGUAAUGAGUCCUCCCUACCUGGUUACCAGUUAGUGCAAGGCAGCUAUGGGUCACAUGAGUCCAGAGUUCAGUCCAGCAGUGUGCAACCAGCACAGGCAAGCUACCAACCUGUGGCCCAGCCCAGCGCCCAACAGUCAUCUCAAGCCAGCAGCCAGCACUCUGAACAAGCAGUCUCUCAGCCUGUGGACCAGUCUAGUGGCCAACAAUCAGCACAAGCCAGCUACGAGUCUCUGGCCCAGCCCAGCUUUGAACAUAUGGCGCAAGCCACUUCACUGUCUGUGGACCAGUCCAGUGUCCAGCAGUCAUCUCAAGCCAGCAGCCAACGUUCUGAACAAGCCUUCUCCCAAUCUGAGGACCACUCCAGUGGCCACCAGUUAGCACAAGCCAGCUACCAGUCUGUGGCCCAGCCAAGUGUCCAAGUGCAAACCAUCUCGCAAUCUGUGGACCAGUCCAGUGGCCAUCAGUUAGCACAAGCCCAGCCCAGUGUCCAACAAGCAGUCUCUCAGUCCAUGGACCACUCCAGUGUCCACCAGUUGGCACAAGCCAGGUAUGUGGCCCAGCCUAGUGGCCAAAAUCCAGGACAGACCGGAUACCAAUCUGUCUCUCAGCCUAGUGGCCUGCAGUCAGCACAAACCAGCUACCAAUCAGCACAAGCAUGCUACCAGUCUGUGCCCCAGCCAAGUGGCCUGCAGUCAGCACAAGCCAACUACCAAUCAGCACAAGCUCGCUACCCAUCUGUGCCCCGGCCCAAUGGCCAAAAACCAGGACAGACCCGAUACCAAUCUGUCAAUAGACCCGAUAUCAAUGCACAGCCUAGUGGCCUGCAGUCCACACCAACCAGCUUCCAGUCUGUGCCCCAGCCAAGUGGCCUGCAGGCAGAACAAGCCAGCUACCAGUCUGUUCCCCAGCCCGGUGGCCAAAAACCAGGACCGGCCCGAUACCAGUUUGUCUCACCGCCUAGUGGCCUGCAGUCAGCUCCAACCCGCUGCCAAUCUGUCCCCCAGCCUAGUGGUCUGCAGUCAGCACAAGCCAGCUAUCAGUCUGUGCCCCAGCCAAGUGGUCUGCAGUCAGCACAAGACGACUACCAAUCGGCACAAGCUCGCUACCCAUCUGUUCCCCGGCCCAAUGGUCAAAAACCAGGACAGGCCCGAUACCAGUUUGUCUCACGGCCUAGUGGCCUGCAGUCAGCACCAACCAGCUACCAGUCUGGGCCCCAGCCAAGUGGCCUGCAGUCAGCACAAGCUCGCUACCCAUCUGUGCCCCGGCCCAAUGGUCAAAAACCAGGACAGGCCCGAUACCAGUUUGUCUCACGGCCUAGUGGCCUGCAGUCAGCACAAGCCAGUUACCAAUCAGCACAAGCUCGCUACCCAUCUGUGCCCUGGCCCAAUAGCCAAAAACCAGGACAGGCCCGAUACCAGUUUGCAUCACAGCCUAGUGGUCUGCAGUCAGCACAAGCCAGCUACCAGUCUGUGCCCCAGCCAAGUGGCCUGCAGUCAGCACAAGACAACUACCAAUCGGCACAAGCUCGCUACCCAUCUGUGCCCUGGCCCAAUGGCCAAAAACCAGGACAGGCCCGAUACCAGUUUGUCUCACGGCCUAGUGGCCUGCAGUCAGCACCAACCAGCUACCAGUCUGUGCCCCAGCCAAGUGGCCUGCAGUCAGCACAAGCCAGUUACCAAUCAGCACAAGCUCUCUCCCCGUCUGUGCCCUGGCCCAAUGGCCAAAAACCAGGACAGGCCCGAUACCAGUUUGCAUCACAGCCUAGUGGCCUGCAGUCAGCACAAGCCAUCUACCGGUCUGUGCCCCAGACAAGUGUCCUGCAGUCAGCACCAACCAGCUACCAAUCAGCACAAGCAUGCUACCAGUCUGUGGCCCAGCCCAGUGUCCAAAAACUAGCACAAGCUGUUUUGCAGUUUGUGGAUCAGUCUAGUGCCCACCAGUUAGCACAAACCCAGCCCAGUUUCCAACAACCAGCACAAGACGUUUCUCAGUCUGUGGACCAGUCCAGUGGCCACCAGUUAGCAGAAGCCAGAUACCAGUUUGUGGCCCAGCCCAGUGGCCAACAACUAGCAGUCUCUCAGUCUGUGGACCAGUCCAGUGGCCACCAGUUAGCAGAAGCCAGCUACCAGUUUGUGGCCCAGCCCAGUGGCCAACAACCAGCACAAGAUGUUUCUCAGUCUGUGGACCAGUCCAGUGGCCAACAACCAGCACAAGAAGUUUCUCAGUCUGUGGACCAGUCCAGUGGCCACCAGUUAGCAGAAGCCAGCUACCAGUUUGUGGCCCAGCCCAGUGGCCAACAAGCAGCACAAGAAGUUUCUCAGUCUGUGAACCAGUCCAGUGGCCACCAGUUAGCAGAAGCCAGCUACCAGUUUGUGGCCCAGCCCAGUGACCAACAAGCAUUCUCUCAAUCUGUGGACCAGUCCAGUGGCCACCAGUUAGCAGAAGCCAGCUACCAGUCUGUGGCCCAGCCCAGUGUCCAACAAGCAGUCUCUCAAUCUGUGGACCAGUCCAGUAGUCACCAGUUAGCACAAGCCAGCUACCAGUCUGUGGCCCAGCCAAGUGACCAACAACUAACACAAGCCGUUUCACAGUUUGUGGACCAGUCCAGUGGCCACCAGUUAGCACAAGCCAGGUAUGUGGCCCAGCCUAGUAGCCAAAAACCAGGACUGACCCGAUACCGGUAUGUCUCGCAGCCCAGUGGCCUGCAGUCAGCACAUACCAGCUACCAAUCGGCGCAACUCGGCUACCAGUCUGUGGCCCAGCCCAGUGACCAACAACUAGCACAAGCCGUUUCUCAGUCUGUGGACCAGUCCAGUGGCCACCAGUUAUCAGAAGCCAGCUACCAGUCUGUGGCCCAGCCUAGUGUCCAACAACCAGCACAAGCAGUUUCACAGUUUGUGGACCAGUCUAGUGCCCACCAGUUAGCACAAACCCAGCCCAGUAUCCAACAACCAGCACAAGAAGUCUCUCAAUCUGUGGACCAGUCCAGUGGCCACCAGUUAGCACAAGCCAGCUACCAGUCUGUGGCCCAGCCCAGUGUCCAACAACCAGCACAAGCAGUUUCACAGUUUGUGGACCAGUCUAGUGCCCACCAGUUAGCACAAACCCAGCCCAGUAUCCAACAACCAGCACAAGAAGUCUCUCAAUCUGUGGACCAGUCCAGUGGCCACCAUUUGGCAGAAACCAGCUACCAGUCUGUGGCCCAGCCCAGUGUCCAACAAGCAGUCUCUCAAUCUGUGGACCAGUCCAGUGGCCACCAGUUAGCACAAGCCAGCUACCAGUCUAUGGCCCAGCCCAGUGACCAACAAGCAGUCUCUCAAUCUGUGGACCAGUCCAGUGGCCUGCAGUCAGCACAUACCAGCUACCAAUCAGCGCAACUCGGCUACCAGCCUGUGCCCCAGCCUAGUGGCCUGCAGUCAGCACAUACCAGCUACCAAUCAGCGCAACUCGGCUACCAGUCUGUGGCCCAGCCCACUGACCAACAACUAGCACAAGCCGUUUCACAGUUUGUGGAUCAGUCUAGUGCCAACCAGUUAGCACAAACCCAGCCCAGUGUCCAACAACCAGCACAAGAAGUCUCUCAAUCUGUGGACCAGUCCAGUGGCCACCAGUUAGCACAAGCCAGCUACCAGUCUGUGGCCCAGCCCAGUGACCAACAAGCAGUCUCUCAAUCUGUGGACCAGUCCAGUGGCCAACAGUUAGCACAAGCCAGGUAUGUGGCACAGCCUAGUAGCCAAAAACCAGGACUGACCCGAUACCAGUAUGUCUCGCAGCCCAGUGGCCUGCAGUCAGCACAUACCAGCUACCAAUCAGCGCAACUUGGCUACCAGCCUGUGCCCCAGCCUAGUGGCCUGCAGUCAGCACAUACCAGCUAUCAAUUAGCGCAACUCGGCUACCAGUCUGUGGCCCAGCCCAGUGACCAACAACCAGCACAAGCAGUCUCUCAAUCUGUGGACCAGUCCAGUGGCCAACAGUUAGCACAAGCCAGGUAUGUGGCACAGCCUAGUAGCCAAAAACCAGGACUGACCCGAUACCGGUAUGUCUCGCAGCCCAGUGGCCUGCAGUCAACACAAGCCCGCUACCAGCCUGUGCCCCAGCCUAGUGGCCUGCAGUCAGCACAUACCAGCUAUCAAUCAGCGCAACUCGGCUACCAGCCUGUGCCCCAGCCUAGUGGCCUGCAGUCAGCACAUACCAGCUAUCAAUCAGCGCAACUCGGCUACCAGUCUGUGGCCCAGCCCAGUGACCAACAACCAGCACAAGCAGUCUCUCAAUCUGUGGACCAGUCCAGUGGCCACCAGUUAGCACAAGCCAGCUACCAGUCUGUGGCCCAGCCCAGUGACCAACAAGCAGUCUCUCAAUCUGUGGACCAGUCCAGUGGCCAACAGUUAGCACAAGCCAGGUAUGUGGCACAGCCUAGUAGCCAAAAACCAGGACUGACCCGAUAGUAUGUCUCGCAGCCCAGUGGCCUGCAGUCAGCACA